AUGCCGGAGGAGUCAAAGGGCAAGGGGUUCCCCGAACUCUCGGCGAAGCUCUCCACACUCCCCAAGAAAUCGCUCUUCGAACGCCAGAAAGCCGAAGCCGAAGCCAAACGGGCCCGCGAACGAGCAGAGACCGCCGCAGUCUACGAGGACUUUGUCAAAUCAUUCGAGGAUGACGCCCCGACCGAGCCCCGGUCCUCCGCCGACGGCCGGUUGAAUAUGCCUGGGAAUCGAGGCGGAGGUCCCGCGAGGCGACAUUUCACGAGCUCCGGUCCUCGGAUGAGUGGCCCGGGGACAUUAGGACCGCCUCCCCCGUCGUUGAAUCGAAAGCGCACCUACGAAGGGUUUGCGCCAUCGCAUCGCAAUCGGGAUACUAGUAGCUUGGGAUUCGAGGCUGCGAAUACGGCAUCGCCUGGCGCGCCAGCAGCGUUCCGCAGCGCGUCUGACGAUGAGAAUGAUCGGGCUGCAGAUACAAAAGAGGCGGAGAGGGCUGCAGCGAAACCUACCCUGUACCUCGCGUCUCUGCCUCCUGGGACAUCACCUUCUGUGAUCAAGUCGUUGAUCCCCUCUGUUCUCACCGUAGACAAUGUCAAGAUCCUGCGACCUCCUGGCCAGUCAGCCACCGAAAGAAAGACGUCUGCUGCAAUUGUCACUCUGGCUAGCGAUUCCGCAGCUUCGGAUAUCGACAGCACCGUGAGUGCGCUUCAGCAUAAGUAUCUGGGCUGGGGGUAUUAUCUGACACUCUCUCGACACCUCUCAUCCGCUGCCAUCGGCUCGACCCUGCCGACUGCUGUUGGUUUGCCUUCGACAGCGUCCCUUCCAUUUGGCGCAAAGACCAUUCAGCCCAACCUCGGCGGAAGUCUGAGCCGAGCACCCCCUCCUGGGGCUCACCGAGGAGGAUUUGCGCCUCCAAGUUCCUACGGACCGAGCUUAGGCAGGGUUGGAUCGUCAUCUCAGGUGGAAGUCAAGACGCCGUCUGAUCUCAAGCAAUUAAGACUGAUACACAAGACCUUGGAGAGCCUCCUCAAAUAUGGGCCUGAAUUUGAGGCUUUACUUAUGAGCCGACCAGAGGUACAAAGAGCAGAAAAGUGGGCUUGGCUCUGGGAUCCAAGGAGUCCUGGGGGUGUUUACUACCGAUGGAAGCUAUGGGAAAUUAUCACCACUCCUCGGUCCCGGGGUAGUCGGCGUGCUCGGGGCCAGAAACCAUCUGCAAUCUUCGAAGGAGGCACAAACUGGGUCCCGCCCGAUAGCAGUCUCAAAUUUGAGUACACCACACGCCUGGACGAAUUUGUGUCGGAUGAAGACUACAACUCGUCUGAUGAGGAACAUUCAGAUGCGGAGGACGAGCGCCGUAACGUUGGUGGAGGACCACCUCCUCCGGACGGCGGCAGCGGCCAACACGACGGUCUUGGCUAUAUGAAUCCGCUACAGAAGGCGAAGCUCACACACCUUCUGGCUCGAUUACCAACCACCCACGCCAAGCUACGACGGGGUGACGUUGCCCGGGUCACGGCGUUUGCCAUCGAGCACGCCGGGGCGGGUGCUGACGAGGUGGUGGACAUGAUCGUCAUGAAUAUUCUCAACCCACUAGCCUACACCGGGGCGAAUCCGGACCGAGAACUGGAGAAAAACGCCGCGAGACCCGACUAUCAAGAGAACACCACGCUUCAGGACAACAUCCCUCCUAACGAGCGUUUGGAUCUGUCUUCUGCCAAACUGGUCGGCCUGUAUCUCAUCUCCGACAUUCUCUCCUCUUCGGCCACCAGCGGCGUGCGCCACGCAUGGCGAUACCGGCAGUUGUUCGAGUCGGCACUGCGCUCACACACGGUCUUUGAGCAUCUUGGCCGGUUAGAAAAGGACCUCAACUGGGGACGACUUAAGGCAGAGAAAUGGAAGCGCAGUGUCGGCUCCCUUCUCCAUCUGUGGGAAGGGUGGUGUGUGUUCCCGCAAUCGUCCCAGGAGCAUUUUGUCGAGGUCUUCGAACAGCCACCGCUCGCCGAAGAAGAAAUCCCGAAGGACAAGGCCAAGGCCGACGCCGAGCGAGCAGCUGCAGCCUUCGCCAAGGGUAAAAACCGAUGGAAGACCGUUGAUGAGGACGGUGUCGCUGGCAAGUUCGAUCCCACUCGGCCUGCGGGAGUGGACGCCAGCCGCAGCAUGGACCCCGGUCAGGGCCAUGAGCCAGAGGAUGAAGUUAUGAGUGACAUUGACGGGGUCCCCAUGGAAGACAGUGACCUGGAAGCCCCGGACAGCGAACCCAUGAAGGAAGAGGCAGAGCCCGAGCAUGUCAAGGCACCCGAGCCGACACCGGAGCAGCCCAACAACAACACUGGGCAGCCCGAGACCGAAUCACGACGAGCUCGCAAGCCACGGCCCAAGGCAGAGGACAUGUUCGCGUCGGACUCGGAGUGA